AUGAUCCUCCGAGUUGAACAAGAAACAUAUCCAAUCGGUGUCUCUUCAGUCUUCACCAAGGAAUAUCCAACAGCAGAGACAACAGACAGUUAUAGGGUUGUGAUCUUCCCAACCUUGAACGUGCCCGGGGCUCGUUGCGCGAAUGCCAGGAUCCUAGAAAUGAACGAUGGGAAGCAGCUGGGGCCACCUGCCGACUUGUGCAGACCUGGUGGCAGUGAUCCAACUCGGCAACGGGACGUCUCCUACGAACCAUCAACCGCCGUGGAUGUGCGCCAGUGUGACCAGCUGCAGGCUGGGGAGAUUGCAGCGCGGCGAAAACGCCUCGGGCGGCAAAGCCAAGCAACUGACGGGUUUAUUUUUGGGGUCAAUUCGACUCUUCCGGAUCUUUUUUUGGCGGUCCGGCUAGGCCGCAUGGGAUUUGCGAGCACCAGAUUGGUCCAGGGACCCCUGUGGUUGACUAUGAUUAGCAUCAAUUCGGCAGGCUGA